AUGGUAUUGAAACGGAGCAAUGCCGGGAGCUUUUAUAGACCAAACAGGGGCAAACGGACGAAGCCCAUGUUUUAUAGGGAAAACGCGUCGCCCAUAGCCAAUUCCGGACUUGUUUACAAUCCUUGGAGCGUAGCUUCCACAACCGCUGCAAUCAAAGAUGCUGCCCAUGGAGACUCCCGAAUGGUCAAGCUUUGUCACGUUUGUUACAAGAAGACUACUUCAAGAAUGCGCGUUGCUUCCUGCGAAUUGUGUAAAAAGUCUACGUGUUGUAUAUGUCUUCGUGAGUGUUUGAAUUGCGAAAAUACUGUUUGUUCUCGUUGUUCAAAAGAAGAAAGGUAUGGAUUUGAACAAUUGACUCGCUUAACGCGUUGA